AUGAAGUUUCUUCUGUUGAUUCUAGUUCUGCAGGUUCCUGCCUCUGGAGCUGCUCCCCUGACCCAUGAUAAUAGAAGCAUAGAAAAAAUUGAUGUGACAUUUGCUAUAGAAUACUUGUCAAACUUUUACAACCUUCAGGAUGGAACUCCAAUGACAAAAAUGAAAAUCAAUAACAACUUCCUAGAGGAAAAAAUUCAGGAAAUGCAGCAGUUCUUUGGGUUAAAGGUGACUGGGCAGCUAGACAGCUCUACGCUGGAGUUGAUGCACACACCAAGAUGUGGAGUGCCUGACGCUCAGCAUUUCACAACAAUGCCACAGAGGCCAGUGUGGAACAAACGUUCUCUCACCUACAGAAUCCAUAAUUAUACUCCUGACAUGAAGCGUGAGGAUGUUGACUAUGCCAUCCAGAAAGCUUUUCAAGUAUGGAGUGAUGUGACGCCCUUGAAAUUCAGAAGGAUUAAUGCAGGCGAGGCUGACAUUGUGAUACUUUUUGCAUAUAGAGAUCAUGGUGACUUCAAUUCUUUUGAUGGCAAGGAUGGAAUCUUGGCCCAUGCUUUUGGACCUGGAUCUGGUAUUGGAGGAGAUGCACACUUUGAUGAGGCAGAAACGUGGAGUAAAAGCAUCCAAGGCAAAAACUUGUUUCUUGUUGCCGUCCACGAGCUUGGCCAUUCCUUGGGGCUUGGGCACUCCAGGGAUCCAAACGCCAUAAUGUACCCCAACUACCGUUACUUUGACCUCAACACUUUCCACCUGUCUGCUGAUGAUGUACGUGGCAUUCAGUCCCUCUAUGGAGGCCCAGGGACACACCAACCCAAGCCAAAUCCUGAUGGUUCAGGACCAGCUGCCUGUGACCCCAACUUGACUUUUGAUGCUGUCACUACAAUGGGAGACAAAAUCCUAUUCUUUAAAGACAGGUUCUUCUGGUGGAAGUUUCCUGAAGGUACAGCCACCGGCAUUAGUUCAAUUUAUUCUGUAUGGCCAACAUUGCCAUCUGGCAUUCAAGCUGCUUAUGAAGUUAAAGACAGAAAUCAAGUUUUUCUUUUUAAAGAUGACAAGUACUGGUUAAUAAGUGAUUUAAGACUACAGCCAAACCCUCCCAAGCGCAUACAUUCCCUGGGCUUCCCUGAGUCUGUGAAAAAAAUCGAUGCGGCUGUCUUCAAUCCAUUUCUCCAUAAGGCCUACUUUUUUGUAGAUAACCAAUAUUGGAGGUAUGAUGUGAAAAGACAGCUCAUGGACCCCACUUAUCCCAGAUUAAUUAGUAAAUGGUUUCCAGGAAUUAAGCCUAAAAUUGAUGCAGCCUUCUAUUUCAAAGGUAAGUAUUACUAUUUCUUCCAAGGUUCUAAUCAACUUGAAUAUGAUGUCCGGUCACAGCGCAUCACCAAAAGGCUGAAAAGCAAUAGCUGGUUUGGAUGUUAG